AUGGAGUGUGGAAGGAGGUUCAGUCAAAAUUCAAGCCUUACUUUACAUCAUCGAACCCACACAGGUGAAAAACCAUUUAAAUGUAUGGAGUGUGGAAAGAGCUUUCAUCAGAGUGGACAUCUUACUUUACAUAAUCGAACUCACACAGGGCAAAAACCAUUUAAAUGUACGGAGUGUGGAAAGACCUUCAGUCGUAUUGAUGCACUUAGAAUACAUCAAUGGACUCACGCAGCAGAGAAACCAUUUAAAUGUAUGGAGUGUGGAAAGACCUUCAGUCAUAUUGGUGCACAUAGAAGACAUCAACAGAGUCACACAGCGAAGAAACCAUUUAAAUGUAUGGAGUGUGGAAAGUGCUUCAGCCUUCAGCUCAAAUGA